GGGAAUGGCACGGCCGCGCUGCCGCCCAUGGGAAAGAGAGGCUGCAAGUGCCCCUCUGCCGCCUCGAGCGCCUGCAGAUAAGAUUUUGAUCCAUGCAAUAAUAAAAGCUGUGGACAAAACCAGCAAAGCAAUGGCAUUGAUAUUCUACGGAAAGUGGAUAUGGAGACUACAAAAAAGUGCAAACUGUCAGACUGGAUGAAAACCCAAAUGAAUAAUUCAUUUUCAGAUGCAUUAGGCUGUAGCACAGAUGCAACUGAAGAGGAAGAAGAUUACUUAGUUGAUGAUGGAGAUGCAAGAAUAAGCUGUAAAUACAACAAUAACUCAGAUAAUUUGAAUGCCUGUAGUUAUACAAAAGAUAUUUCUGGUAUUUUAAACUUAGCCUGUUCUGAAGAUAACAAAAACAUAAAAGCAGCAGCCAAUUAUGAAACUCCUCUACAGCCUGAAGAAUUCUCCAGUUAUCACAGAGGCACCAGAGGAACAACUGGAGUUCCAACUGAAAUGCCUGGAAGUGAAGCUCCCUUUCAGAAGGAAUUACCUGUUGGUAGCUCCAGUACACCAGACAGCAAAGAACAGGUAACUACCUCCAAGAUGUCCAAGGUCCUCCUGCGUCAUUUUCCUAGGGGAGAGCUACUAAGCACAUGCCACUUAAUUGAAUGUGAGACAAUACCAGAGGUGUCCUUUACUGAAAGUAUCGAUGACACUGGGAGCAAACCUGAGCCUUCAGAACACAGCAAAGGCUCUUUAGUGUUUGAACAAUGGGCAACGGGCUCUGAGGAGUAUCCCUCAGAACAGCACGAAAAACUAAAGGCUCGUGACAAAAAUGGAAACUCAUUAAAUGGAAAUAGAUCUGUUUCAAAGAAAGCUAUUUUUUCUUCUGGUCAGUGUAGGUGCAGACAAGAAUAUUCCCAAUUGAUUAAUGAGACUGGAGAUACACACACCUUUCAAAACAUGAAAGAUGAGAGAGCCCUGUUUAAGAGAACAGUUUCACCCUGUAAGCUCCAAUACAGCCAAGGACAAGCUCACUAUUGCCUUCCUGGCUUCUCUGAAAUUGCUUCACAAGUUCAAGUACCAAAAACACCUGACAAUAUUACCUCAGUUCCUUCAACUGAAAGAGAAAAACCUUUUCCCGUUUUGCAAAGUAAAUCAGUAACUGUGAACAACAUUUUGGAAAAUAAUAAUUACUUCAAUUCUGCUGAAGUAGAGAAUCAAGAAGAAAGGAGUAUUUCAGAACUGCUGCGACAGCUACAGAUACUUCCUCAGUCAGACUUUGCAAAUGCCAACAUUGCCAUUUCCUCAGGACACACUGGGACACCACCUGAUGUCAUCACAUUCCGUGCUCCUGUCCCUGUACAACCUACACACGGUGUGCUUAAAGCAAGACUGCAGCCUGGAAUAGCAGCAUCAGCACUUCCAGCAGCUGGGACAGUAAAAGCAGAUUGUUUCAAUCCUUCUGAUUCACUGCCAGAACUAACACUAGGAGAAAAGAUGUCUCAAAUACUAAAGGAUCAGACAGAGCAACUGACUAAGAAAGUGGAAGACUUCUCUGAGCAUAUGAUCCAGGAAACACUCUUUUCACAGGACAAGUAUCUGGCAUUAAAGCAACUGAAAAGAUACCUUGAUGCCUUGGAAAGAAAUUAUUUAAAAGCUAGAGAAGAGCACCACAACUUACAGCUGCAGAACUACAAGGACAAGCCUAUCAACCUCGGAGAGUUUGAUCCUGAGAGAAGGGUGGAAGGAGGAAUAUUCAGACUUGGCAUGCUUCUUGAAGACAUUCAAGAACAAAUGGAAGGCAGCAAAGGCAGCCUGUCAUCAUUACCAACUUCCUAUGAAUCUGCCCAGUCUUUGUGUGAGAGCUUGGCAGUUUCAAGUGCUGCUGAUCUUCCACAAAUAAGAGGUACUGAAAGUCCAUCUUUUCACAAGGAGCAUGAGGGAGAAAGAAAUCAGACAACUGAUGUAAUCCCACCAGCAAAUCAACUUUCUUUAGAGGGCAAGAAGUGCAAUCUUUGUCUGCACAUAAAGGCAAACAUCCAGGAAGGAAAAACUGGAACAUCUCUACUCUUCAUGCAGAGAAAACCAACUGAUUUAUCAGAUACCAACCUGAGCAGCAAUUCAGAAGAUUUCUCAGCCUGUGAUUCUUGUGAUUCACAAAGCAAGGACCAUGUCACUCUAAAUUACAAAUCAUUAAAUACAAGAUUAUGUGGAGAGAGACAAGGAUUUAGAUGCAGAUGCCCCAGGGGAAGCAGAGAUCAAGUAGAACUCAGGAAUUACAAAGAGUCUGUUCAGUCUUGUACCCUGUGUAGAAAAAGAAGCUCUGGUUCAUCCUCUUCUUCACAGAAGAGAAUCUCCACUCAAAAGGCUCAAAAACCCAAGCAGCCAGGUGAAGUUGUAACCAGACUUCAUGAAAGGAAAUCCUUUGUGGCUGCCAAAACCUGCUGUUCAAGCACAUGUGAUAAAAUUAUCCUUUCACAUCAAUAUGUACCCAGUAAGAAAUCUGCCCAAAGAAAAUCUGCAAUCAACAUCAGAGACAGAAAUGCCAAUGAUUCCUAUGCAAAUGUUUUAAGUUCUACUCUGGAUCAUGCCAUAGAGACAGCAAACAGUUUGAAGAAAGCUACAGAGCGAAUGGUACAAGCAGUUUCAGAAGACCUAGCUAAAGUUAAAAGAAAGCAGUUUUAAUUAUCUAGUUCAAAUGCUAUAUUGUUCUGCUGAAGUGUUAGUAUCUCUGCAAAAAUCAAAUGAUGAACACCAACAUGAAAAAGUCAGCUAGCUAACUUGGUCAGCUGUUCUGUACCUAUUGGUACUAAACCAAAUCAGAGCACAUAGGUAUUCCACGUUUAUACUCAGUCUUAAAACUAUAAAACAAAUUAGUAAUUCUACUGAAAGUCUUUAGUAGGUUGGCUAAUCCCAUUAUUGUGCACAGAUGCCUUAAGGCAACAUCAUAAAAAUUGGCUUAAACGAGCAAAAUUAACUGACUUCGAUUUCCCCCCACUCCCAAGUAUGAGAAUAAAUCUCAGUCAUUACUACAUAUAAUUUCUUCUCACACUUCAACAGCAGCUGCUUAAUUACACCAAGAGAAAACAGCCUCUGUACCUGAGACAUCUAGAAACAACUAUCAUGUUAACAUACCAAAUCAUAGUCAACAUUUGGAAUUAUUUUGGUUUUUGAGUGCCCUACAUUGAGAGUUGUUUGGUUUUAAAAAACAUCCUUGUAUGUUGCAAUGACUGAAUUACACCAUUUGUUGUUUAUGUAUUUGUAGCAAUUAAACUGGUUCCUUCAAUUUGAUGUCCUUAAUUUGUCAGAUAUAUCUGGCUUUGACAUUUUAGCUGAUGCUAAGUAGGUUGGAAAAUUUUAAAAUACUGUAGAAAUUCAGUGAGCCAAGAAAACUCAUCUAUUAUUUUCCUUGUAACAUCCAUUUAACUGCAGUGAUUAAAGGCAAGCAGUUAAUAACCUUGUUUUAUCAGGGAUGCUACUCACUGAAGCCAAAGUGCAUAAAGACUGAUGAAAACCAAAUUAGAAAUGCCAGUACAUUCCUUAAAAAGGAGAGCCAUUUUCAGGCAAACCUGAGCAAUUUCAUCAGUGGAGGACACAGAAAUAAUGCAGACUCUGUUCAUACAAGCAGUGAUUGCUAAACUCAGUGUCAUGUGCCACUUGCUCACUAGCCUGAAUCAUUGGUGUUUUUCAGGGCUUCUUCCACCCUUCACAGCCAACCCUUUUCCUCUUUAGCCUCUUAUUGUAUAUCCUUAUAAAUUUAUUUGCCUCUCAUUAUAUCUGGUUUUGCUUUAUUUAGUCUAAUGUUCGGAAUCUCCCCAUUCAUUGCAAAUGAACUUACUAAAUGAAGUAAUUCCUGCAGCUUCCUAGAUUCAAUUAAAAAAAAGAUUCAUCUCUUUCACAGAAAUCUCUCCACAUCUCUAGAACAGCUUGUUAUAAACCUUUUGUUUAUCCUGGAUCCCUGCACCUGCUGUCCUGUACCUGACAGCAACUGCCUAAGAAGGAUCAGACUGAGUAAGACAAUCACGUAGUGAAAUUCUCAGAACAGUCUCUGGCAAAUUGAAGGCCCAGAAUCCUUCCAAAUCAGCAGUAACCUUUGUACUUACUAGCCCUACAAAUACUUAAACAUAUAACAAUUUAACAAUAUACCAUAUAACAAUUUAGAGCACAUCAUUACUGCAUGACAUCUGGGAUGCUAAAGGUCCUUUUGUUCUGAUUUGACAGCUGCAGGUUUCACCUGUCACUUCACACCCUGAACAGGAAGGCAGCCCUUCACUCUGAACACUAACAGGAUUUCUGAGGCUCCAUCAGUUCCAGAGAGUUAUAAACUAGAAUUCACAAAAACAACACCUAUUUCUGCUACAUUUUUAAGGUUGUGAUGCACAUGGCAUUUGAUGAACCAGUUGAUUUAAAAGUGUUGCUUUUGUACUCCUAUUGAAAAAAAAUUCAGUGUAGCUUCAAUUCCAGACUUGUUUAGGUGCAUUUGCAAGCUACAGCAACUUAUUCUCCUCACACCCCAUGUCCUGCAGCAUUUUAGAAUCAUUCUGUCAUGUCCUUCCCUUUCAUUCCUCUCUGAUGUAGGGGGAGAACUUGACUUUUUUCCACCUUCUAAUUAACUCUGAAUGAACAAU